AAAGCAACAGGACAAAGAGAGCAAGAGAGAUACUCUGUGUUUAUAUUUGGUCACUUUUCUUUUGAUGAGUUGUGAAAAAUCUUUCCAGAAAUUUCAAGCCUUUUUUUAUAUAUAAGAAAAAAAGGGUCUUACUCUUUCUCUCCCGACCGAGACCAUCUCAAAUUCUUACACAAAAUAGAGGGUUUCUUAAGGUAUUUUGAAGAGAUAAUUCUAGGGUUUAAGUAUGAGCGAUAGUAAGAAGGUUGACAUGUCUGAUGUUGAAUCUGCUCUUCCUGGUGUUACUACUGCUUUGAGUGAAGAGAGAGCAGAUCUUGUUGGUGCUCUUAAGGAUAAGCUAAUGUCAUUGCAAUUAGGAGGAGGGCAACCUGAAUUUCUUGAAACCCUUUCGACUAAUGUUAGGAAACGUGUUGAAGUUCUGCAACAGAUUCAGGGCCAACAUGAUGAGCUUGAAGCAAAGUUUUUUGAGGAGAGGGCUGCACUUGAAGCUAAAUACCAGAAGCUUUAUGAACCACUUUACGCCAAGAGGUAUGAUAUUGUCAACGGUGUGGUUGAAGUAGAAGGAGUUUCAGUUGAAGCUGCAGUAGACAAAAAGGACAAUACCACCACAGUAGACAAAAAAGACGAUAAAGCAACAGAAGAGAAAGGAGUGCCUAACUUUUGGCUGACUGCAAUGAAGACCAAUGAAGUACUAGUUGAGGAGAUUCAAGAGCGCGAUGAAGGCGCCCUCAAGUAUCUCAAAGAUAUCAAGUGGUGCAGGGUUGAAGGUCUUAAGGGUUUCAAGCUUGAGUUCUUCUUCGAUCCUAACCCGUAUUUCAAGAAUACUGUCCUAACAAAAAUAUAUGACAUGGUGGACGAGGAUGAACCUAUUCUGGAUAAGGCAGUAGGCACUGAGAUUGAAUGGCUACCUGGGAAAAACUUGACACAAAAGGUCCUGAAGAAGGUGCCAAGAAAGGGAUCCAAGAAUACCAAACCCAUAACUAAAACUGAAAAAUGCGAAAGCUUUUUCAACUUCUUCAAUCCACCACAAGUCCCUGAGGAUGAUGAGGAUAUCGAUGAUGAAACUGCUGAAGAUCUUCAAACUCAAAUGGAACAAGACUAUGACGUUGGGACAACUAUUCGAGACAAAAUCAUUCCUCAUGCUGUGUCAUGGUUUACUGGAGAGGCUGUGGAAGAUGAAGAUGAUGAAGAGGACGAAGAGGAUGAUGAAGAGGACGAGGAGGAUGAUGAAGAGGACGAAGAUGAAGAUGAAGGCAAGAUCAAGAAGAAAUGAAUGUCCACAUAUAAGGUUUUAUCUUGAACAGCAUUCUUUUUACUACUCUUAAAAUGGCACAACAUAUAGUUUUUGCUGCCUUAUAAGUUAGUCGUCCGGUUUCAGGGUGCCUCUUUUGUUAGUUUGCAGGGUUUAUCCCUAUUUACCAGUUUCUGCCCUCUUUUGUUACUGCCUUUCUUUUGUUAGUUUGCAGGGUUUAUCCCCCCAUUUACCAGUUACCGUGCACAAGUGUUCACGUGUGUGAUAUAUUUCUGUCUCAAUUUCACAGGGUUUCAAACUUGCCUUUGCUGGUUUUACUUGCAAUUUUAUCAUAUUUUUGAAUCAAUCUUUAUGGAAUCCAAUUUUUU